AAACAAACACGGCUUCCUGUCCAGUACUACUACUACUACUACUACUGCGGGACUUUUUUUUUAGCGUGUUUUAAAGCACCGAUUCGACAUCAAACAUGGACGUGACGUGUGUGCUGUCUUUAGUGCUGAGCUUCGCCGCCUGUGUUGUCUCCGCGGAGAGACACAGCGUCUUUUGGAACAGCUCCAAUCCAAACUUCCUGUGGGACGAGUACGCGGUGGACGUCAGCAUCAACGACUACCUGGACAUCAUCUGCCCCCACUACGCACUCGGCGAGGUGACGCCGCACAGCGCCGAGCGCUACGUGCUGUACAUGGUGGACAAGGAAGACUACGAGGUGUGCAAGCCGCACUCCUUCGACCAGCUGCGGUGGGAGUGCUCGCGGCCCUUCGCCCCGCACGCCCCCGAGAAGUUCUCUGAGAAGUUCCAGCGCUUCACCCCCUUCACCCUGGGCAAGGAGUUCAGGCAGGGAGAGAGCUACUAUUACAUCUCCAAGCCCAUGCACCACCACGGCCAGGACUGCCUGCGUCUCAGGGUAGAUGUGGCCGCCCAGAAAGGCUCGGGAAAACCUCGUCUGGACAAAGCCAAGAAAGUCCCGGAGGAAAGUCUGGAGGCGUCGAAAGCCAAGUUUGUGUCUGCGGGCGGAGUGCACAACCCCUCCAAUCGCCUCCCAGCAGACGACCCCACCGCCAUGGAGCCCAACGUUCUGAGGAGCGUCGGAAGCAGCGGAACGCGGACUAUCUCCUCGGCGCUGUUGCUCAUCACGCUCUUUGCGCUUUCACUAGCGCUGAUGCUUCACUGAAAAGGAAAGAAAAAAACAUUGCAAAAAAACACACCAGUGCUGGUCACUGGUGUCACGGACAAGACAGAGUUUUUAUACAAAGGCGUGUGUGUGUGUGUGUGAGAGUGUUGUGGUGUGAGUGUUGGGGCGUGGAGCGCUCCAAAGAAGAGGACCUCAAGUUGUUGUUUUUUUUUAUACCUGAUAAUAACAAUGAAGCACCAUUUUGUUCUCAUACCACUCACCUGGUACAAUUCCUUUGUCUCAUUCUGUUCCUCUAUGUGUAGAGGAAGAAUGAGUCGUGUUGAUUGGAGAAAUAGUCACAUAGUGGCGUUUGUUAUGGAGGAUUUAUUUUUAUUUUUUUUUAUCAUGUUAUUGUGUAUGUAGCACUCAACUUCACACUGCUCCCCAUGACAGCUACCAUGUUCUUAUUCGGGUACAUAUUGCAGACACUCACUCAAACUAUAGCAUUUUGACCCUUUGAAAAGUGCUUUGAUUGUGCAUAUAUUUAUUGACGUUUUUAAAUUAUUAUGACCGUCAUUAACUCCGAAAGUUAUUUAGAUCACGGGUGGGGAAACCUUCUUCCUGUCCGGAAAAAACCAAGGCAACAAAUUCUACUGCAGUAUUCACCUGGAUAUAAGACGACCCCGCAUUUUUUUUCAAACCAAUUUUUUUCAAAGUCAGUGAAAUAUGAAGAACAAAAUCUUUAGACCCCGAAUACACGACAACUAACUCUACAAAAUCUUUUAUUUAUUUAUUUUUUUUUUUUAAACAAGCAUUUUUUUCAUUGUUUUUCAUCAGUGAAAAACAGCACCAAGAAAAAUCUCCAGAUCCAAAAUAUAAGAAACCCCCUUUUUUUAAGCACCAUUUUUGUAAAGACAACUUAAAAAAAAAUCAUAUUUUCAAUAACAGUAGAAUUCUCCAGAUCCCGAAUAUAAGACGACAAUCCAUCCAUUUUCUAUCGCUUAUCCCUCUCGGGGUUAAGACGAUAAUAGUUUUUGGAAAAUAUUUUUGGUCAUGUUUUCAAUAUCAUUGAACAAAACUCUAGACCCACAACGAAUAUAAGAUAACAAAAAAAUAUGUUGACCGUGUUUUUUUAUGUUAGUAAAAUAACAACAAAUAUCUCCAGAUUUCAAAUAUAAGACAAUCCCUCAGUUAUGGAAAAUGUUUUUUUAUCAUGUGUUAAAUAUUGAACAAAACCACAACAAAAUGUUUAGACAAAUAAAAGAUAACUAGUCAUUUUCAAGACCUGUUUUUGGAAGAGACAAAAAACAACAAAUAUCUCCAGAUUUUAAAUAUAAGACGACCCCUCUUUUUCAAAAAAAGUUUUUGGAAAAUGUCUAUUAAAUUUUUUUUAAUAUCACUGAAAAAAGCAACAACAAAUUGUUUAAACAGAUAAAAGAUAACUCGUCUUUUCAAGACCUGUUUUCAAUAAAAUACUUCUUUUUUUUUAAUUAUGUUUUUAAUAUCAGUUAAAUAACAAAUUAUCUCGACCCCAAGUAUAAGACCGCCCCUCUUUUUCAAAACCUGAUUUUGGAAAAGACAAUGAUAUUAAUUGUGAUUUUUUUUUUAUAUCAGUGAAAAAAAAACAUAAGCCCCAUAUAAGACGAAUAGUCCUUCUGAGGUGAAAAUCUACUGUAUGUCUUAUAUUCAGGUCAGUAUGGUCAUAUAUAUAUAUAUAUAUAUGGUCGAGGUUUCUGUGGUUUAUCCGUUAUACAGUGCUCAAUACCGUAGAGUGGAAUAUAUGUUAGGUCAGGAAAAAUCCCUGAAGAGCAGGGAAACCUGCGAAACAGGCUUGUAGGGAUGAAAUAGCCUCAGUGUUUUUUCCUGACCUAACAUAUAUAUAUAUAUAUAUAGUGAGCAUUCAGAAAAGUUUUUUUUUUAAUUUGGCCCGGGUGAAAUGCUCCCGUGUGCCAUACAGGGCGCACAUGCUGCAUAUUGCCCACCCACCCCUGAUUAGUUUCAUUCUGGUGUCCAGUCUUUGGGACUGUCCUGGUACACAUUCACUGAAAACUCACCUAACCGAAGCGACUGAAAUACACACACUGGCCACUUUGUUUUCCGUUAUUUGUGUUUUUUUUCUACUUGUUUUAUAUGUACAUAGGUAAAUAUAUGAAAACAAAUUGUUUUAAGAUGUGAAAAAACAUUGUGGAAUAAAACAAAGGUGUUGUAAUAUAUUUGGG